AUGGAAAUCUCAACUAUACUUAUGUCUCUUCCUUUAGGUGUAACUUUUGUUGUCACUGGCCUUUUCAUUAAUCUCAUCCAAGCAGCUUUGUAUCUGACCAUAAGGCCUAUAUCAAAAAAUACAUUCAGAAAAAUCAAUGGUGCAAUUGCAGAAAUUCUAUGGUUACAGAUUUUGUGUCUUAUGGAGUGGUGGGCUGGCAUUGAGGUUAAACUGUACACUGAUUUGAAGACCUAUCAUUUGAUGGGUAAAGAACAUGCUGUUUUAAUGUCAAAUCACAUAUCAGACAUGGAUACAUACAUUUUGUGGAUUUUAGCUCAGCGCUCGGGUUGUCUUCGUAGUGCUCUGACAGUCGUAAAAAAAUCUUCGAAAUAUCUUCCGAUUGUUGGAUGGGCAAGUUGGUUUUUUGGGUUUGUGUUCUUGGAAAGGAGCUGGGCUAAAGAUGAAGGCUACUUGAAGACAAGUUUGGAAGAACUAAAGGAUUUUCCUAUGCCUUUUUGGUUGACAAUUUUCGUAGAAGGGACGCGUCUUACUCCCGAUAAGCUGUUAGCAUCUCAAGAAUUCGCUAUUUCGAAAGGAUUGCUUAUUCAAGAGAAUGUUCUAAUUCCUCGUACCAAAGGUUUUAUCGCAACAAUUCAGUGUUUACGCUCAUUUGUCUCUACAAUUUAUGAUGUUACAAUUGUUGUUCCGAAAACUCAUCCAAUUCCAUCCUUGCUUAGAACUUUAAGGAGACAACCGUGGGUGGUUAAGGUACACAUCACACGGUAUUCGUUUAAUGAAUUGUCUGAAUCAGAAAAUGAAAUUGCCAAGUGGUGCAAAGAUAAAUUUAUAUUUAAGGUUGUGAUCUCAUGUUCCUGUGUCGUCACACUUGGUGGGUGGAUUCUGUGUCAUAAGUUUGGCAAAGGGCAUGUCUUUUUAGGAGCAAUUUUGGCCAUUGUUGCAGUCACAAUUCACAUUUUCAUUGAGUACACGAAAUUGCCACAGCAGAUUCGAGAAAUAUAG